AUGAGGGCAUCCAGGCUGGUGCUGCUGUCUGCGGCCAGUGGUCUGGUCUCUGCCCUGUCACAGUUUGAUCGUCUCAAGUGGAACAAAAACCCCUGCCCAAGUGCCUGCGACCCCAGCGGCGAUACCAGCAAGUGGUUCACUUCCCACAGCGUGGACGAAUUCGCGGCCUGCAACGAGCCACUCCUGCUGAAAUUGAAUCUCUACAACCUCGUCGACGACGAUGCCACUCACACCACCAUCCGUGCCUGCACCCUGGGCAAUGCGAAGAGCGAGGUGAACUUCCUCGCAGCCUCUGGCUACGUCGCCCCCGAUGCCUUGGGUGCCACCAACUUUGGCCCCGCCAAUUAUCCCCCGUCGUCUCUGCAACGACGCGAUGACUCGAGUUUGACUGCGAAUGAGGCUGCCUGUGGUGCCGGCCCGGCCAUUGCGUCCAGUGCCACCGUUUCCCGCACACAGGAGGAGUCUACCAAGUCUCCCCUUAGCAGCAAGGCACUCGAAGAUGCGAUCCCUCGAGUCCUGUCUGCUGGCCCACCUUCCCUGUGGAUCUUCCCGGCCAACAACGACACGGAGCCACAGCGACGCAGCCAUCUGCGAGACCUCCACCCCCGAGCAGAGUGCCGGUAUAUCCGGGUCGAGGGCGGCGACACCUGCCCCUCGCUCGCCACCCGCUGUGGCAUUGGACUCACAGCCCUCAAGAGCUUCAACAAAGGCAUAGCCAACUUUUGCGAUGUCGUCGAGCCUGGCCAGGCUGUGUGCUGCUCGUCCGGUACGCCGCCGCCGGUUGGGCCCCGACCCAACGCCGAUGGUUCUUGUAAGUACCACGAGGUGCAGCAGGGCGAGAUCUGCGAUACCAUUGCCGCGCAGUAUGGGAUCACGACGGCGGAUCUGUUUGACCUGAACAAGAAGACCUGGGGCUGGGAUGGCUGCGAGCUCCCGGUGGGUCUGCGCAUCUGCGUCAGUAACGGCAACCCUCCACUGCCUGGAUCGGUGUGGAACGCCGACUGUGGUCCAACAGUACCAGGAACAGAGGCCCCGAAGGACGGUGAGGAGCUGGCGGAACUGAACCCGUGUCCGUUAGAUGUCUGCUGCAAUAUUUGGGGCAAAUGCGGCACCACCGUGGACUUCUGUAUCCCCUCGAAGUCGUCGACGGGCAAUCCAGGCACCUCGGCCCCCGGGGAAAACGGAUGUAUCGACAACUGCGGCAUAGAGAUGGUGAAUAACGAUGACGCGCCAAAGGAAUACCGGAAGGUCGGCUACUUCGAGGGCUGGAAUUACAACCGCCUUUUCGCUGUCGACAACAACUUGGAUGGACUGGACUUUGACUGGGAAUAUCCAGGCGCCACGGACAUCGAGGGGUCAGAGCCUGGGCAGGAGGACGAUGGCGAGAACUACCUCGAGUUUCUCAAGCUGGUGCGGGAGAAGCUGCCGGACGACAAGUCCCUUUCGAUUGCUACGGCGGCCUCUUUCUGGUAUCUCAAGGGUUUCCCGGCCAAGGACAUGGCCCCCGUGGUGGAUUAUUUCAUCCACAUGGCGUAUGAUCUUCACGGGCAAUGGGAUGUCGGCAGGGAAUGGUCGAUGGAAGGAUGUCCAGCCGGCAACUGUCUUCGGUCCCAUAUCAACUCCACGCAGACGCACGGCUCCCUAGUGAUGAUGACCAAGGCCGGCGUCCCAUCGCACAAGAUCGUCGUGGGCGUGACUAGUUACGGGAGGUCGUUCAAGAUGGCUGACGCGACCUGCCGCGGCCCAUUGUGUACUUAUCUCGGCGAGGGGAAUGAUUCGCCUGCAAAGCCCGGCCGUUGUACCGAGACCGGUGGCUACAUCUCCAACUACGAGAUCAACGAGAUCAUCGAGGAUGGGGGUGCCAUCAAGAGCUGGUAUGACGAGGAAACAGAUUCUGACUACCUGGUCUAUGACUCCGUCGAGUGGGUGGCGUAUAUGACCGACAAGACCAAAGACCGCCGGCGUGACCAGUAUAAGGGUCUGAACUGUGGUGGUACGACUGACUGGGCCAUUGAUCUCCAGGGCGAAGGUCGGCGUGCAAGACAGGGGACCCGGUCUAUCUGGACCCUAUUGUCUGCCAGGAGCCCAAUGCCUUGUGCAAACCCCCCUGCGUGCUCGUUUUUCCCCCCAGUCAGCUUCCCUGUCAACUAUAGUUGUUCUUAA